AUGUGCAUAUUACUUUCCAUGUAUUAUAAAAAAUAUCGUCAUUGCUUUUAUCUGAAAGUGGAAUUACAACAACAGCAUACACCUUUACAGUUCGUUAUCGGAAAUGUUAGCACAAUCGAACCGAAACGACCUGCAGAAUGGUACAAUUGCGCAAGUGGUUGCGCUCGAAGUGUCGCAUUAGGACUCCUAUUUACCGUUGUGACAAACGUUUCUGGUCGUUUCUUCCUGGCUAUUGCGUAG